UUUUAGAAACUUUCCAUAGCUAACCAAAAUAAUUGAAUACACGCAUUAGUCAAAGUGUGGUCUUAGUUUGGCUCUUGUCAGAUGUGUUUUAUUAGAUGAAGCGAUCGGCAGCCCAAGGUCACGUGCUCCGGCUAAACAAAGCAACAAUCAGCUGAUCGCUGACAGCUGAGUUUUGGUGGGUCUCUUUGGUGUCGUCUCUGGUAUUAAAGAGAGCUGUGGACAUUAUAUUUCGAAGGUGCUGAAAGAUAUCUGGAAAGUCAAACCAUUCGAAAGCAGACAAAAGAACCCCUGACAUGGCCCCAACACUGUAUGAUGAGAAACCAGAGCUUGGGGACUUGAUUGAGAUCUUCCGGGGCUCCUAUCAGCACUGGGCUGUGUAUGUUGGUGAUGGCUUCAUAGUUCACUUGGCACCACCCUCUGAGGUCCCGGGUGCAGGCGCCAGCAGUUUAAUGUCUGUCAUAACUGAGAAGGCCAUUGUGAAGAAAGAGGAGCUGUGGGACGUGGUGGGAACCGACCAGUGGGAAAUCAACAACAGCCUGGACAACAAGUACAAGCCCCGCCCAGUUCAUGUCAUUGCGAGGGAGGCCUGUGCAAUGGUGGGCAAUGAGCUUCCGUACUGCAUCUUCAGGGGGAACUGUGAGCACUUUGCAAACGAGCUGCGCUACGGAAAAGCUGAGUCCCGGCAGGUGCGUAAGGCAGGAGAAACAGUCAUGGUUGCAGGUGUGGCUGCAGUGGUGGGUCUGGGGAUCGUGGCUCUGGCAGGAGCGCUGUUUGGAGGCGGCAAAAAAGAAAACAAGAACACACAGUGAUUCAAGAACCAGGUCGCCUGUUCAGGGACUUGAUGAACAGAUCACCAACGUUUUCUAUGUGAUCAUGACAGCUUAUACACUCAUUGUGAUUUAGCCAGAAAUUUGAUUUCUACUCAACUUUACUUCCAUAUGUCCUGCAUGCCUUCAUCGGUUUGAAUAACAAUGCAAAGCUGGUGGGUUCGGGAUCAAGAUCGUAUUUUUCGGACUUUUUAAAAUUUCUACAGACAGCACAUUCAAGCACAACAAGCACUAUUUCCACUAAUGAAGCUGCCAAGAUAAAAUAUUUUAAUGUUUCAAUAGGAACUGAAGAUUAAGCUGAUGAAUAUAGAUAUUGUUUGGAUUGUGAAGGAUG